AUGUACCUUCAAGGGAUUCCAGACGAGAUUAUGUGUAGAGCCUUUCCUACCAUCCUCAAAGGACCAGUGCGAGUGUGGUUCAGUAAGAUCCCUCCUAACACGGUGAGUUCUUUCGAAGAGUUGAGUAAGUUGUUUGUCAAUAAUUUUAUUGGAGGACAAAGGCAUAAAUGUUCCUCGUCCAGUUUGUUAACCAUUGAACAAGGGGAGAAUGAAAGCCUGCGAUCCUUCAUUACUCAUUUCAACAGGGAAGCCCUGACAGUGGAUGAGAUGGAUGACAAGUUAUUGUUGGCAGCCUUCCAUAAUGGAGUCAACUUUGACUUAUUCAUCCACAAAAUUUACGAGAAAGAGCCUCAAACCAUGGCCAAACUCGUCCAUUCAACCCCAAAUUUUAUGAAUGCGGAAGACGCGAUUAUAGCCAAGAAGAGGAAAAGAGCCGAGAGAAUGGAAAUUGAUCGUCCAUGUCAUCCAAAACAAGGUCCUUGUCCAAAGAAGGGACGGACGGGAGAAAAGAAAGAUCAAGAUAACAAGAUAGGCCUGCCGGUACGGAAUCAGCAAUAUACGCCUUUGAAUACGCCGCUUGAACAGGUUCUUAUGCAAAUCAAGGACGAUCCUUCUUUGAAGUGGCCGGAGAAAAUGAAGGGAGAUCCCAACAAGCGCAAUAGGAACAAGUAUUACCGCUUCCACAGGGACCAUGGGCAUGACAUGGAUGAAUGCUACAAUCUGAAACAGCAGAUUGAAAAUCUCAUCAGACAAGGAAAGUUGAGAAAUUUCCUUGGAUGA